UGCUGCAUUGUGAGUAGUUUUUAUUCCAUUCUCGGCCGAGCCGGUGUGGGGGCCAUAGGUCGGAUCACUCUCAUUCUUUUCUUUCAAUAAGUCUCUUCUUCUUACCCUAAUAAUAUUUGCCUUUUGGUGAUCGAAAGAGGGUUAAAUAAGAACUGUUGGAAGGAAUCUUCGCGGGUAUCGGUGAAACAGUUUUAAAUUUGGUGCGCAGUUUCCCGGGAGUGAAGUUUCUACGGUAUCCGCCGGUUCAAGUUUAAUUGCUGAAAAAGUACCACAACCAUGGUGUGUAAAUCCACGGACGAGGACAUGUUCGGGCCCGAGAUCCCCGAAGCCCCCGAGAUGCCCCGGGACGUCCCGGCGAAGAGGCCCGAGAUCAAGGUGUCCAAGAGGAAAUACGAGAUCGUAUGGUUCAAUGUGGCCACCUUCACGUACGCGCAUCUUGCGGCGCUGUAUGGACUGUAUCUGGGUCUGACUGCUGCUAAAUGGGAGACGAUUAUCUUCUCGGUGAUCCUCUACUCGAUGGCCAUGAUCGGCGUGACGGCGGGCGCGCACCGGCUGUGGUCCCACAAGGCGUUCAAGGCGAAGCUGCCGCUGCAGAUCAUACUCAUGCUCUUCAACUCUGUUGCCUUCCAGUAUACCGCGUACCAUUGGGUCAGGGAACACAGACUGCACCACAAAUACAGCGACACCGACGCGGACCCUAUCAACGCUCACCGCGGCUUCUUCUACGCGCACGUGGGCUGGCUUCUUGUGCGGAAACACCCUGAUGUCAAGAAGGCUGGACCGACUAUUGACAUGUCGGAUCUGGAUGCCAACCCGGUGGUCAAGUUUCAGAAAGAUUACGCCAUACCAUUCUGCGGCACAAUCUGCUUCCUGCUACCCACCCUCAUCCCGGUGUACUGCUGGGGCGAGUCUCUCAAUGUGGCCUGGCACGUGGCGGUGUUCCGCUAUAUAGCCAACCUGAACGUCAUGUUCCUCGUCAACAGCGCUGCCCAUCUCUGGGGCUACCGGCCUUACGACCACACCAUGCUACCAGCUGAAAACCUUAGUGUGGCAUUGGCUUCGUUCGGAGAAGGAUUCCACAAUUACCACCACACUUUCCCCUGGGACUACAAAGCGGCUGAAUUCGGCAACAAUAGAUUAAACUUCACGACGGCUUUCAUUGACUUCUUCGCGAAGAUCGGCUGGGCGUAUGACCUGAAGUCCGUGUCGGAUGAGAUGAUCGAGGCGAGGAAGAAGCGAACGGGUGGUGGUCCUAACUUCCCGUGGAUGGAACAUGGUGAAAAGAUCACGGAACACGCGAAAGAUAGAUGAGUUGAUGAAACAGUUGUUAUUGUUAGUAGUAUUAUUGGUCGGUUUAUAUUUGUUGUGUAAUACCAAGGUAUUGGCAUAAAUAGAGCAUAAUGUGUUAGCCUGCUUGUUUCGUGUACUCUAGUUAUGUUGCGUAAAGACGCUAUUUCAGUGGUACUUAGGCGUAUGUAUUGUUUUAUUUCAUGUUUAGUUUGCACUAUUAUGCAAGAUCAUAAUAGAUAGAUUCCUUUCUAUUAUUAUGUUUCCUAUUAAGUUUCGUAUUAUUAUUGAGAACCAAAAGGAAAUCUGAUAUACUUGGUUAUUAUUUUAUUCUACCUACACAUUUAUUUAUUUCAAAUCAGGGUGCGAGGUUUUGGAAAAUAAAUGAGUAUUUUUAUUAUUAUUAC